AUGCUCACCCUCAAACCCCGCUCCCCACGAGCGUCCCUCUCCAUCCCCAGCCCCAACAACAACAACAACUCGUCCUCAAACUCGCCCCUCGCCUCGCCAGCUUCCUCCGCAGGCGGCAAAUCCUUAUCGUCUGGAUACUUUCCUCCCGUCAACCGUCCAGCACCCAAGAGGGUGAGCAAGGAUGAAGCUUUCAAAAAUGUCAAGGCUAUGGAAGGUCUGCUCGCGGCUUGGAACGAGUAUAGGCAUGCUGUCACGCUACAAGGGAAGGCUGGGAGAAAGCUGGCCGGAGCAUUGAGGGAUAUGGUUGGGUGUAUGGACAAAACCGAGGUUGCAGCACAGACCAUGAGACCUGCCGCAGCUAUGAUGGACGGUGUGGCAGACCUCACAAUCAAGUUGGCCAAACGAAUUGACAAAGAGUAUGAGGAUGCCAACGCUGAUGCUUCGAAGCACUUUACUCUUUUGGCUAAAGAAAGCCGAAGCCAUGACGCUUACUUGGGAGCUAUUGGCAAGAAGCACGAUAAAGCAGAAAAGGCUUAUCGCAAAGCCUCAAAGACCCUUUCAGAUACCUCCAACGCCCAUGCCGGUCUUCAAGCUCUCAAAGAUACACUUAGCGACGAUAUCAACAGAGCCCACGAAGACCACCAAGGUCUGCUGGGAUCAAAGCAGGCAGUGCUCCUGCUGCGUCUAGCCUCUUCUAUGGGAGUCGUGGCUACCAGCCAGUUUGCAUACUUUUCGGAUAGCGUUCGCAAGGCCGGGACCGUCUAUCCUGAUAUCGAAUACUUCAGAGCUUUAUCCGACAUUCAAUGGCACUCUGCCCUCCCCCCGACGCUAGACGAGCAACACGAAGACGCCGUGCGUGCCGAGAUCAGGCUCAUGAAAGCCCGUGUCGCUUUGGGAGAGAUGGAUAUCGUUGGCAAGGAUGUUUGGGACGGGUCGAAAGUGACGGGUAACGUUGCGACUACGAAAGCCAUUUCUGGUGAAGGGAGCAGUGUUGAGAGCAAGCCAAAUGCCAAAGUCGCUUUCGAAACACCUCCAGAGAAGGCCGAAAAGGAAACAGUCCCAGCUCCCAGCGUUGAGGAGAUGCCGGGCCCCCAGUCCCCGUAUCGCAAACUUGCUCCUUCCGACCUCUCCAAAGCAUCCUCUCCUCCCACCGCAACCCAGCAAGCACACCGUCCCGGGCUCGUAUCCCACGCGUCAAGUGACAGCCAGCAGAGCGGCAGGUCUGGAUCGGGGCAGGCUGCUGCCGUCAUCGCACCGCUGGCCCUAGUCAGAGGUUCGGCAGAAGGCAAGGAUCAGGGCGAGAAGAAGGAAAGGGGCGACAUGGAGCAAACGGUGGCGAGGGCGAUCUCGAGGUAUUCUGACAAUGAUUUCAGAGGGUAUCCGGACCCAAGGACGCCGCCGCCUAUUUCGACCGAGAGCCACCCAAAUAGCGCUGACCGUCCCAACCCUAUCCCGUUGCCUUACUCUCCAACCCGCAUGUCUGUUUCUCAAAUGACCGCCGCUUUCGACCCUUCCCGCGCCGCUCGUCAAAGCCACCGCCACUCACAAUCAGUCUCCAACACCUCUUCUCAGCAUACACUUGCCCAUGUACAAAGUCAUUUGCCGCAACAUCGCCAUCAUCCUUCGAUAAGCCAGACGGCGGCGCAGGCCUAUAAGGAUGAGGUGUAUAGGCAGGGCGAGAGGAGAGCGCAGGGUAAUGAGGCGGCUGGACAGUGUGGAAUGACACGGGAGGGAGUUGUCCCCAGGCAGAGCGAGAGGAGGAUGCAAGAGGAAAGCGACAAUGAAAGGGAUCGCUUGGGCCAGUAUCCUUAUGAGCGGGUCGUUGAACGUCCCCGACAAGGCAAUCGCUCCCGUCGAGUAACGAUGCCGCCGACCUACUCUGAGCCCGCAUUCGUAUACCACCGGCCCCAGCCACCCAUCUCCCACGAAGACUUUUACUAUGCCUCCUCCCAAUCUUUCGGGCACGGGACCCAUAGAAGCCAUAGAGACCGCCCGGCAAUGCUUGAUCCUACGCCAGUGUACGGGGAGACGUUGUAUCACAGACUGCCGGAAGGGUAUCCGGAGGCUGAACGGGUAGUGGAGAGAAGGCCGAGCGGGGUUAUUGCGCCCAGGCCCAUGCGGCCACUUGGGUCGUCUGCGGAGAUGGAAGAGUACAGGGAUUGA